CCCGAUCUCUCGCCCAUUUGCCACUGAUCCCGAAACAAACAGUUGGCGGCGGCGGCGGCGCGAGGCGAUGGCGGCGACGGCGUUCACGGAGGAGGAGAAGGCGGUGGAUGACUCGCUCGGCUACCCCAAGGCCUACGCGCGCCUCUGCCGCGGCGGCGGCGGUGGCGGCGGUGGACUCCCGUACGGCCACGGCCCGCCGCACGGCUUCCUCCCCUACGUCCUCCACCCGCACGAGGCGAUGCGGGCGAAGGAUCUGAACGAGAUGUUCCCGGUGGCCGACGCGGAGGCGGCGCCGACGGCGAACCCGCGGGGGUUCGCGAACCUGCUGUGGAAGCAGCUCGACCACCUCGGCAACGCCGGGUUCGACCCGGCGCUGUUCCGCGUCGACGCCUACGGCAACGUGCUCUACCUCCACGCCGACUCCGCCUCGCCUCUCGCGUGGGACAUCGACCACUGGUUCCCCUGCGCCCGAGGUGGGAGGACGGUGCCGAGCAACCUGAGGAUCGUGCAGGCGCAGGUGUGCAGGAAGAAGCACAACAAGCUGGAGUUCCUCGUCCCGUGGUGGGAUCUGCAGCUCGGCAUCUCCGUCAACCAGUUCCUCUCCAUCUUCGCCUCCAAGAACGCCGACUUCAGGAACAGAGCAUUCACGUUCUUGUUCGUCGACGGGGCCAGCGAGGAGCUCACCUCGAUGCAGGCUGUGGAGGCGCACGCGUUUCCGCACCAUUUCUCCGAUUUGACCAAGAAAGUUGGCCUUGCCCCUGCUGCCAUUGUUUCCUCCAGGGGAUCCGAUAGCUCGGUGCUCAAAUCUCUUGAUGCAAACCGGCCGCUCAGGCCUAAUUAUCCUCUCAUUGCUGCCAAGAAAUUCACGGGAGAAAAGGAUGAGAAUUUUAACGUGCCAAUGUCCAACCAUGGGCCUAAUUCGACUAAGGAGAACAAUAAUCCGGAUGCUGAUGGCUACAUUAGCAACCCUUACCUGUCCAUUGCAACGGCUAGGGACUCGCUGAGGCAAAGGGAAGAGGCCAAGAAGAAGCAAGCUGAGCUCACUGAGCUGGAGAACGAGGCCACUGAGCUGAAGCAGAAGAAUGAAGAGGAGCGGGUGGCCAUCCAGGACAUGGAGGCCCUCCUCAUCAAGAGGCGGCGGCGCGUCGAGAAGUGCCGCCGCUUGGCGGAGGCUCAGUCGAAUUACAAGGCUGUGCUGGAGAAGAUGAUCAGAGACGCCAUGCACCAGUCUGUUGUGUACAAGGAGCAGCUUAGGAUGAACCAAGCUGCAACGAGCACUCUCAUGGCGAGACUCGAGGCCCAGAGAGCAAUGUGUGACUCAUCCGAAACCGAGCUCCGGAGGAAGUACCAGCAGAAGGAUGAACUGGAGAAGCAGAUCAAGCCUUUCACCGAUCAAGCAAGGAAGCGGUAUCGUGUUGACGAUGAUGGAUUGCUAGAGGAAAGGCACAGCUUAGAAGAAAGGCACAGUGAAAGGGUGAAGUAUUUUCCAGGAAUAAGACUGAGGAGCAGAAACCCUCUCAAGCAGGAGCUGAGGGUUUUCCUGGAGGAGGACCAGAGGGCUUCAGAUGCAUACAUCUCCCUAGAGGAAGAGGAAAUUGCAGGUGAAACUUCAACAAUGGGAAAUUUCAGGAAUUCACCUUUCAAGGUGAUAAACUUCCCAAGGAGGUCCAUGGAAGACAACACAGUUGACACUGAGAGAGGAAGAGCAUCAGUGAGGGAGAAGCUGGAGCAUCUGGCGAUCAAAGAACGGCAGCGCGGCAGAAGGAGAGAAAGGACCAUGUCAUCAAGGGGAUCAAGGGCAACUAGCACUCCUGUGAGGUCAAGAGAUGGCAAUGGCAAGGGCAAAGCAGCCAUGGUGCAAUGUGAGUCUGAGACUGAAAGAUCUCAGACAGUUUCAGUGCCAAGGACAUCCUCAGUUCCUCCAAGUCCUCCUUACAGAGUAACUGGCAUGUAUGGAACACCUAGAUAUCCUGCAGAGAAAUCGGUGCUAUUGAAAAAGAAUAAUGUGAUUCAUCGGCAAGGCGUCGGUCGAUCCGAAGGCGACGCAAACAUGAACCACACCGGCAAAGGAACUGUGGAUAAGUGGCUUCAAAUGCUCAUGGAGGAUCAGCAGCAGCAAGAAGAUCCUGCAGCAGCAUAUCAUUCUUCUGAAGAUCACAACACUGCUGAUGAAAUCGCUUCAGACGAGCACCAAAUGCAAAGCAGAAUUGAUGAUGAGAGCUGCAGGAAUGAGAUCACCGAAUGCUCCGAUGAGAUCGUCGAGGUCGGUGGCGAUGGUGCUACUGAGCAGCAGGACAGGUGCAGGAACAGCUUUGAGAUCAAGGAGAGGGGAGAGGAGAAGAAGAUCUGGUUCCCAAGGUCUGACAGCUCCAGGGGUUUCAGGUCUCUGCCUUCCUCACCUUCCAAGAUCCUUGGAAUGAGAAGGGGUGUGGAGUGCAUGAGCAGGAAGCCCAAGGUGGUCGGCGACGACAAUGGCAGAUACGGCUAUGAAGAUUCAGUGUCCACAAGCAGCAGCAAGUUCCUCACCAGGUGCAAGCAAGCCAUCAAGAAAGCAGUGAACAAAUAAACAAUUCUUUGCACCAUGAUGCAGCACAUUUCAACCUGUUUAUUCUUCAAAUCUGUGUGUUUAAAUUCGUGUCAAAUUGCUAGUUUUGUUUUCUGUAGCUGAAUAAGUUAGUACUCAAGUGAGGCAUACAUAGCUUUGCAGAGUUCCUUCUGCAACUAGUGAGACAGACAUUUACUGUUCAUGGUCACUAUUAUGUGAUCAUACUGGCGUUGUACAACUAUUUGUUGAUUUAUUUAUGAAGAGAAACUAAAUUCUUAA